UCUUUUUUAUUAUCAUUAUUGUUUAAUUAUUAUCUAUUUCAGGUUGAUCCGUUGAUUUAUGUGUUUGUGAGCACUUCGAUUUAAGCAAACUUUUAUAAACAUAUAUAUUACUUCACAUUACGUGGAAAAGUGUCCACCCUGGAAUACUAUAAGUCGAAUUUAGAUAAUAGUAUCGGGGGAAAAUGUCGGAUAUCGGAAAUAAGGAUCAGACAUCUGGUGAAGCGGCAGAGUUCACAAAUAUUUUAUUAGAUCCAGAUAAACCAACAAAAAAGAAAGUGCCCAAAAGAGUUUUGCAUUUCAGCGAUGGUAUUUUGGAGGAGUAUUCCUCUGAUGAAGAUGAAGACAAACCUCCUCCAGAACCACCCGUGGAUCCUAAAACAUUAACCUGGUUUCCAUGGUUUUGGCAUUAUAUUGUUACAGUUGCAAGUAGGACGUUGUCAGCUGCAGACCUAUGCGGAGAGAAACUUGCUUGGUUCUUUGGAAUAACAUCACCUAAAUACCAAUAUGCAAUUGAUGAAUACUACAGACUAAAGGAGGAGGAAGAAAAAGAAAAAGCACGGAUGGAAGCGGAAAAUACGACAGAGUUAUCAUCAGUUGAUGUGAAAGUGGUGGAAGACAAAAAUAAUGAUUCAGUUGUUCAGAAAUACUGAUAAUAUUAACUUUUACAGGGCCAUUUUUUUUAUAAUGUGCAGAUUGUUGAUACAUGUACAUUUUUAAUUAUUGUUUUAACUGGGAGAAGAAGAAAAGUUGCCUUUGAAAAAUAUGUAUGGCAGACAUGCUAUUCACACAAAAUCUGGCAUGCAUAUAUAAUAUCAACACAAAGGUAAUUCCAUUAAAUGAUUAAGUGUGUUUACUUGGCUGACAUGUUGAAAUAAUCAUUUUUCUUUAAUGACCAUAAAUUUGUACAACUUAUUAGUUCCCUACCGGUACAACCAGUGGGGACUAUAGAUUUCAUCUCCAUCCUGUCUGCCUGUCUGUCCGUCUGUCCAUCUGUCCAACUGUCCAACAAAUAGGUUUUUUUACAAUGUCUUGAGAUAUUGAGCGGACAUUUGGCAUGGAUUUUUUAUACGUCCAUCUAUGAUUGGUCAUAUUAUGGUAUGGCGAUGUCCGUCCGUCCAUCUAUUAACUUUUUCUUGGACCAUAUCUUGCAUACAUAUGCAUACAGGACCAUCAAAGCUCACAUGUAGGAACAACUUAAGAUG